AUGUCUGCUCGUGCCUUAAGUGAUAACCAAGCUGAUGAAGAAUAUGAAAUUGAAAAAGCUGCAAUUGUUCGUAAUGAAACCAAAGCAAUUGAUGAAUUAUAUAAACAAAAAACCAAAAAGGCUGAUUUAGCUCAACAAAUUACCAAAUCUACUAUUGCAAAUAAAACAAGAUUAAAGGUUUUAUCAACAAGAGAAAAAGUUUUAGAUGAUAUAUUUCAAGAAACUGAAAAACAAUUGAAAAAAAUCAGUUCUAAUAAAGAAGAAUAUAAACCUGUCUUGGUUGGUUUAAUUGAAGAAGGUGUCUUAUCAUUAUUAGAAAAAUUUGUUACUGUUAAAGUUCGUAAACAAGAUGUUGAAAUAACAAAAGAAGCAAUCAAAGAAGCUCAAGAAGCUUUUGAAAAAAAGGCAAAAUUCCAAGUUGAUAUUCAAAUUGAUGAAGAAGAUUACUUGAGUGAUGACUUGGCAGGUGGUGUUAUCUUGACAAAUUCAACUGGUAAAAUUGAAAUUAAUAAUACUUUAGAAGAAAGAUUAAAAUUAUUAUCUGAAGAAUCAUUGCCAGCUAUUAGAUUAUCUGUUUUCGGUCAAUCACCAUCAAGAAAAUUCUUUGAUUAG